UCGCUAGUUCUAGUAAAGGGUUAAUACAAUCAGGCGGAGCCAAACGCCAGUUUAGCCCCGAAACAUGAAUGUUAAAUAGUGAACGCUUCACAGACCGUCUUUGAUAACUGUAAUGUGUGAAUGCUGCCAUUAGGCCGAAUAAUUUAGGUUACACAUGGACGUUCGGGACGCUUGGCGUUGGGAGUAAACUCAGUCGAAGUGUCUGGAAACAGCUUGAGGCAGAAGAAGCGGGUCUCUUUUGCGUUAUCGGCUACUAAAAUGGAGGGUUUUGAAGGAGCCUGCAGCAGCGAGGGUGUUUUAGAUCUGUCCCGUUUGAAUCUAAACAAUAAUAGUUUAGACACGGUCAGCGAUAAACGUCGGAAAGACACGAAACAACUGUACCUGUGUUACAACCGAAUGACGAAUCUGCCCGAGUCCGUCUCUUUAUUCUCUAACCUGGAGUUUCUCGACAUCAGUAACAACACGUUGUCGGUCAUCUGCGAGGACAUCACCCGACUGACUAAACUCAAAACGCUCAUAGCCAAGAAUAACCGUUUAAAUGAGUUUUCUCUGCCCAAAGACUUUGGCUCUCUGCAGCUGGAAGUGUUAAACUUUAGUGGAAACCGGUUUGAGGAGAUGCCGAGCCAGUGUCUGCAGCUGCUGCGACUACAGUCACUGUCGCUGGGAGGAAACAGACUGAAGAGCAUCCCAGCAGAGAUUGAUAGUCUCGCCAGCUUAGAGCUGUUGUAUCUGGGCGGUAACCUGAUCUCCUCCAUCCCUGCUGAACUAGCUAACUUACCCUGCCUAAAUUACCUAGUUUUGUGUGAUAAUCGCAUCCAGAGUGUCCCACCUCAACUCAACAAGCUCCAUUCCCUGCGCUCUCUUAGUCUGCAUAAUAACCUGUUGACGUAUCUUCCGAGAGAGAUUCUGAGCCUAGUGCAUCUUCAGGAGCUCAGUCUCAGAGGCAAUCCUUUGGUCGUACGCUUCGUCAAGGACAUGACCUAUGAUCCCCCGUCACUUCUGGAGUUGGCUGGCCGAACCGUCAAAAGCAAGAACCUCCUUUACUCGCAUAAAGACCUCCCAAGCCAUCUUGUCAACUACCUAGACAUGGCCAGCAAGUGCCCCAACCCCAAGUGUGCAGGUGUUUACUUUGACUCAUGCGUUCGUCACAUCAAGUUUGUGGAUUUCUGUGGGAAGUAUCGCCUGCCCUUGAUGCACUACCUGUGCUCCCCAGAAUGCACCUCUCCCUGCAGCUCCAACCCUCAGAGCGACGCUGACUCAGACGAUGACAACAGCGUGCCUGCCGAUCGCCUUCAAAGAGUCCUGCUAGGAUAACCUCGCUCACCCCGCACACGUCGUCUUCUCUCUCACUUACAGUGUUAUCAGCAAGAACAUUGAACUUUACAGCCAGCUGGCUUGAAAACCUCUCAGCUGAAGCCAAAUCUUAUUGCCAAGUGAUUGAGCAAGUGGCAUUCUGGGAAAGACAUCUGCAGAUAGUUUCUCUACAAAGGCCUUGCUUUGCAAAGGCAAAAUCAAAAACACUGGCGGUUCAGAAUAGUUGUUAGUUAUAUUAACUAAGAUGCCUUGGUCAUCAGUCUGUUUAGCUCUUGCACUUUUGUAAUAUUUAGAAAAUGCAGUUUAGGUACAUGCAUAUCUUUUGCUUGGCAAUAGUUUGCUUUGUCUCUCGAAGGAGAGCGCUAACUUAAUUUUUUCAUUAUACGCACAAAGAUUUACUGUGAAUAAGGAAAAAUAAACAUUGGGAACACUUAACCUUUUUAGGUUUGUGAGAGGUUUAGAAAAAAGUUUGUAACUGCGUGGCCUGCAGCACUGUAAAACAGUGCUACAUCUUCAAAAACGUGCUUGUGUCGGCAAAAUAUCUUGUUUCAGCUUUCAUGUUAGUAUUGAAUUCGCUGACACUCUGCAGUUGCAUUCAAAAACUGGGGCAGCAUCUAAAAUCUUGAGAUAAACAGUGACAAAGGUCACUAGUCAGUUUGUUUUGAAGGUUAAUUCUUCAUUCUGCAUUAAUAUAAAAUAUAUGAUAUUGUUACAGAGCCAAUGGACAAAUUUGUGAAGUGUUUGUGGCAUUUCUUUUUAAACUGAAAUUUUCCAGACUUUUUUAUAAACUCGCUCACUUUUUUAGUUUCUUCACAUGUGCCUUACACUUUUAGGCUUAACCAAUAUUGACUAUGCAAAUAACUGAUGCAAUCAUUAUUUCACAGAGUUUUAAAAUUCAUAUCUAAGGCUUUUAUACUAAAUAAUCUUUUAUGAUAUUUUCUUUACAUGAGUGACAAGAUAGAAUGUAUUUUAUUUAAUAUGAUGAAGGCAGAUUUGCAUAACAUUCACUCCUCUAAUGGUUUGUAAAAAUGUAUUUGCACUUCUUAUGUAGAGUACUAUAAUAAAAAUAAUAAUAGUCA